GAGGCCUGAACUUUGCACAUGUUCCUGAUUUCACUUCCCUUCAUUCAAUUCAAAGCACUUGCCUAACCCCACCCAUGUCUCUUUCUGCUGAGGAAGGGUGGUGAUGCACAGUGUCAAAUUACACACAAAUUUAAAGACCUGCUCAACAGACUUCUCCCUGCAACCUCAUUGGUUGGACCCAUGUUGUCACAUUCAACUGCUAUACUUCCUGUAGCGAGGAAGUGGCAUCAGCUCACCAAAGUCUGCCUAAAAAUAUGCCAAAGUUCAAUCCAGUUGGACAACGAGACUUCAGUCGAACUGUGAAACAGCUCUGGGAACAAAACAGGGAGGUAUGUCUGCUGAACGCAAGGAGACUCCACAAGACUCUACAUGUCAAAGUGGUGCUGUUUUUCUCUCCAACCCUUUGAUGAGUGAUGUUGAAUCCGACUGGUCUCCAAUUCACGAUGCAGCCCAUAACGGACGGGUUCUCACUCUGCAAAGGCUCCUCGCUCAGGGAGCAUGUGUAAAUCUGAGCACUCUGGAUCAGGUCUCACCCCUCCAUGGCGCAUGUAUGCAGGGCCACACAGCAUGCGCCAAGCUUCUGAUGGAAAAUGGUGCAAAUGUGAACAGCUCCACUGUGGAUGGAAAGACUGCUUUAUCAGAAGCAUGUGCCCAGGGCAACGUUACCUGUGUAUCACUGCUCCUUCAACAUGGAGCAACUCCUCUGGGAAGCAGCCAGUCCAGCUCUCCAAUCCACUGGGCUGCAGCUAAAGGUCGCCCUGAGUGCAUUGAAGCGCUUGUUCAGUAUGGUGCAGAUGUGGAUCAGCACCUCGACAGCUUGGGAUCCCCUCUCCAAGUCGCCUGCUCUAAUCAGCAGCUAAAUACUGUCAGGAAGCUACUUCAGCUUGGUGCCAGUGUGAACAGGAGUGUUUCCGGGGAUUUGCCCCUGCACACUGCUGCUCGUCUGUCCAACCCUGAGUUGGUGUCUGUCCUGCUCGAUCAUGGGGCAGACCGCCUCCUGAUGAACUCAGAGGGCAAACAGCCGUUGGACCUCGCAGCUCCUGACAGCUUAGCAGGGAGACUGUUAAGACAAGCAGGAGUGUCCCCAGGAGUGUCCUCUCUAAUGCAGCUGUGCCGGCUAUACAUCAGGAAAACUGUGGGCAAACAGAGGCUGGUUAGGAUUCACGACCUUCAACUCCCCACAGAGCUGAUACAGUAUCUUCUCUACCAAUCUGACUCGAGGGGGAAAUAAUUCAAUGAAAUUCUUCAACCUUUUAAUCUUAGACUUUGAGCCAUGCAGUUUUGGCCAGUAGGGGGCAAGCUUGUACAAACUGACAGGAUAAUUCCCCUUUGCAAAAGAGCUCUAAAAACACAGUUUUAAAGCUCUAUCUGGACUAAAUUAUGAUAAUAUAGACCUAAAGGUCUUGGAACAUGAUGCCAUGAUGAAAUAUUAAUAAAUGAUAAUAUCUUUGAAAUGAGAAUAAAGGAAAUGUUAAUGUGAAACUCAAUAUGUUGAAACUGCUGGAAGAUUAUUUUUAAUAAAACAGACUCCUCAUGAUUAAUUUUAUUAUUUCUCCUGUGAAAGGAGCAGGACUCAUUAUAUUGCAUAAUAUGCUACACAAACGCUUUUCAUCACAAUUAAAAAACAAAAAACAAACAUAAUUGAACCAUAUCUCUCUCAUGUCUCAGGUGCUUCCCUCAGGCUGGAAAAAGUUAUUAGUUUGUGUUUUAUGUGUUAUUGUGCAUGUAAGAGGAUGGAUGGCUGCCACAUUUUCCAGUUAUUUCUAGUAUGACCAUAGGCGUCACACAAACCACCAGAUUUGCUUUCUUCUCUUGUUUUUGUUUUCAUCUCCAAUUUUUAUCCAAUUCCCCAAAUUUUGAGAUGCUCUGUAAAAUGUAAAUAAAACCAGAAAAAAAAUUAUUUGUAAGUCUCAUGAACCAAUUUUAAUUCCCAAUAAAAAAACAAACAAAACAAAACAUGUGAGAUACUGACACUGAGACAUUUUACUAUUUCACG